AUGUCGAAAUAUAGUAUUAGCCCAAAUGCUGCUUGUCAAUUUAAUUAUUUAAGAAUUUCGUAUCAGAGAUUUUAUUCAACACAAAAUUUAAAAAUUUGUUUAAAUGAAGAAUACGCUGAUAGUCAUAAUUCUUUAAAAAAAAAGACUUUAUCUUAUAAAUCUUUUUCAAGAUUUGUAAACUUAAGUAAUGAAAAUAAAAAUACCAAAAAAAAACAAGUAUUCGAGGAAAAUCUUUUAAAAAGAGUUCAAGAAGCUCCUAAAAUAUUUCUUAGAUUUAAGGAUGAUAUUAUUUAUGUUUCAAAUUUUCUUAAUUUUAGACAUAAUAUAUCAAAAAGGUUUGAUUACAUACAAAAAGUUAGAUAUAGCAAAAGUUCUAGGAUUGCCAACGAUUUUUCAAAACAUUUUUUUAAACAGAAAGUAUCAAAGUCUAAUGAUAAGAACAUAUCUAUAAAAAAAAAUUUUAAUCUUAAAAAAUCAAAUAUAACUAAGCCAAAACUAAAUAUCCGUAUUUUUUCUAAAAAAAAAAUUAUUCAUCUUCCUCAAGCUAUAACAGUAUCUAAUUUGUCACAAUUAUUGGGAUUAAAACUUACAAAAUUAUUAGGAAAAAUGAAAGAUUUAGGAUUCAAAAAUUUAAGUUAUAACUUUCUUUUAACAUAUGAAGAGGCCUCUUUAAUUGCUAUGGAAUAUAAUUAUGAUCCUAUUGUAACUAAUAAAGAUUCAUUUGAUUUACAUCGGCAAGAAAAUAAAGAAAGAAUAAGUCCAUCUCUUCGUGUACCUGUAGUUACUAUUAUGGGACAUGUAGAUCAUGGAAAAACAACUUUAUUGGAUUUUCUACAAAAAUCAUCAAUAGCUUUACACGAAGCGGGUGGGAUUACUCAACAUAUUCGUGCCUUUUCUGUAACUCUAUCUAAUGGAGAAAAAAUAUGUUUUUUAGAUACACCAGGACAUUCUGCAUUUGAGUCAAUGCGAAAAAGAGGUGCUUUAAUUACUGAUAUUGUUGUGUUAGUUGUAGCUGCUGAUGAUGGUGUUAUGCCACAAACUAUUGAAGCUAUAGAGCAUGCAAAAAAAGCAUGUGUACCAAUUAUUGUGGCAAUAAAUAAAAUAGAUAAAGAAGGUGUUAAUAUUCAAAAUGUAAAAUUAGAUUUAUUAAAGAAUGGUGUUGAGCUUGAAGAGUUUGGGGGUGAUACACAAGUAGUAUUAAUAUCUGCAAUAACAGUUAAGGGACAAGGGAUUAAGGAUUUAGAGCAUGCUAUUGUUACAUUAGCUGAAAUUUCUGAUAUUAGAUCUGAAGUAAAAGGAAGUGUUGAAGGUUGGAUAAUAGAAUCUUCUGUUAAAAAAACAAAAGGGCAUUUUGCUAUUAUUCUUAUAAAAGAGGGAACUUUAAAGUUAGGUUCUUAUAUAGUUUCAGGAACAACAUGGUGUCGUGUUAGGUCUAUGACAGAUACUUCAAAUCAGCAGGUCAAUUUUGCCAUACCAGGAACUAUAGUGGAAGUUACUGGUUGGAAAAGUACUCCUUUUGUUGGAGAUGAUGUUUUGGAAGCAAAAAAUGAAGAACAUGCUAAAAAAGUUGUUAAAAAUCGUUUAAUUCGUCUAAAUGAAGAAAAGCAGAUUAAUGAUAUUGAGGUGAUUAAUAAAAAACGUAUGGAAAAUCAUCAAAAAGAAUUAAAAAUGACUGAAAAUGUUUUGAUUGAAAAAAAACUAAAAGAAAUCCCAUUCAUUAUUAAGGCUGAUGUAAAUGGCUCUGCGGAAGCUAUAAAAGAUGCUUUACUAUUAAUUAGAAAUGACGAAAUAAAGACUAAAGUUAUUUAUGAAGAUGUUGGAACUGUUGUUGAAUCUGAUAUUACCCGAGCGGCUGCUGUGCAAGGUUAUAUUGUAUCUUUUAAUUUAAAAUUAAAUAAGAAGAUUGCUCAAUUUGCACAUAGAGAAAAAGUUAAAAUUAUUUCUCAUUCUAUAAUUUAUAAACUUUUGGAUUAUAUUAAGGAAGAAUUAUCGGAACUUUUGCCUUUGAAAGUAAAAUAUAAUGUUCUAGGUGAAGCUAAAAUUAUUAAAAUUUUCAUUAUGGGUAAAAAAGCAUCUAAGAUAUCAAUAGCAGGUUGUAGUGUUAUUAGUGGUGUUAUAAAUAAAAAUGAAAGAAUACGUGUAUUACGUAAUCAAAAAAUAAUUUGGGAUGGAAAAUUAGAAUCAUUACGGCAUAUUAAAAAAGAAAUAAUUGAAAUAAAAGAAGGUGAAGAAUGCGGUAUGAAUUUUGGAAAAUGGGAUAAAUUCUUAGAAGGAGAUUUAGUUGAAGCAUAUAGAGAGGAAUAUAUAAAACAGAAAUUGUAA